AGCAGCAGAGCCAGGGCCCAGGGACCAGCGCUUCUGUGGACUUGGCCUUUCAAGCAGCAGACCCAGCAAUGAAUGAUCCGAACAGCUGUGUGGACAAUGCAACAGUUUGCUCUGGUGCAUCCUGUGUGGUACCUGAGAGCAAUUUCAAUAACAUCCUAAGUGUGGUCCUAAGUACGGUGCUGACCAUCCUGUUGGCCUUGGUGAUGUUCUCCAUGGGAUGCAACGUGGAAAUCAAGAAAUUUCUAGGGCACAUAAAGCGGCCGUGGGGCAUUUGUGUUGGCUUCCUCUGUCAGUUUGGAAUCAUGCCCCUCACAGGAUUCAUCCUGUCGGUGGCCUUUGACAUCCUCCCGCUCCAGGCCGUGGUGGUGCUCAUUAUAGGAUGCUGCCCUGGAGGAACUGCCUCCAAUAUCUUGGCCUAUUGGGUCGAUGGCGACAUGGACCUGAGCGUCAGCAUGACCACAUGCUCCACACUGCUUGCCCUCGGAAUGAUGCCGCUGUGCCUCCUUAUCUAUACCAAAAUGUGGGUCGACUCUGGGAGCAUCGUAAUUCCCUAUGAUAACAUAGGUACGUCUCUGGUUGCUCUUGUUGUUCCUGUUUCCAUUGGAAUGUUUGUUAAUCACAAAUGGCCCCAAAAAGCAAAGAUCAUACUUAAAAUUGGGUCCAUCGCGGGCGCCAUCCUCAUUGUGCUCAUAGCUGUGGUUGGAGGAAUAUUGUACCAAAGCUCCUGGAUCAUUGCUCCCAAACUGUGGAUUAUAGGAACAAUAUUUCCUGUGGCGGGUUACUCCCUGGGGUUUCUUCUGGCUAGAAUUGCUGGUCUACCCUGGUACAGGUGCCGAACGGUUGCUUUUGAAACGGGGAUGCAGAACACGCAGCUAUGUUCCACCAUCGUUCAGCUCUCCUUCACUCCUGAGGAGCUCAAUGUCGUAUUCACCUUCCCGCUCAUCUACAGCAUUUUCCAGCUCGCCUUUGCCGCAAUAUUCUUAGGAUUUUAUGUGGCAUACAAGAAAUGUCAUGGAAAAAACAAGGCAGAAAUUCCAGAGAGCAAAGAAAAUGGAACGGAGCCAGAGUCAUCGUUUUAUAAGGCAAAUGGAGGAUUUCAACCUGAGGAAAAGUAGACAUCAAGGGGACAAAACAGACGAGUUCUAAAUUACAUUCUUAAACCGUAACUAUAUUUAAUUAUUUGUUUUGGUAGGACUGUUGACAGAAAAGAGUUAAAGUGAAAAUUGGAAUUUCAUUUGAAUUCAUGUAUUGGUUUCAGUACCAAGUGACUGGUGGCCCAAUUCUUUAAUGGGACAAAUAUUGUUUCCUAUAUAUAUGUAUAUGUUUUAUAUAUGUA